AGUUGUAUCGCGUUCGGGCACAGGAGCAGCCGAAACGGGGGCUGAAAAGCUUACCGCGGCUUCCCCGCCAGCAUGGGGAAUGGUAUGAAUAAGGUGCUACCAGGGCUUUACGUUGGAAAUUAUAGAGAUUCUAAGGACGCUGCGCAACUUGCAAAGUAUAACAUUACACAUAUUUUAGCUAUCCAUGAUACAGCAAGAAGGAUACAUUCGGAUAAACACUAUCUUUGCGUGAUGGCGUCCGAUUCACCAGAUCAAAAUUUAACUCAAUAUUUCUCUCUAUGUAACGAUUUCAUUCACGCGGCCCGAAUUCGAGAUGGAAAUGUCCUCAUACAUUGCCUUGCAGGAAUGUCUCGUAGUGUAACUGUAGCUGUUGCUUAUAUAAUGACAGUUACUACAUUGAAUUGGAAAGAAGCUUUAAAAGUCGUUAGAGCUGGAAGAGCAGUCGCCAAUCCGAAUUUGGGUUUCCAAAAGCAAUUAGAAGAAUUCGAAUGCACUAGAUUACUUGAGGAAAGGAGACGUUUAAAAGAACGUUUUCCUAGUUUAGCUUUAGUUUAUAGAGAUCAAGAGCAAUGUUCUCUAAUGCUCAAUAAUUACGAAGAAUUGUUACAAUCGCGAUCGAUAUGCGAAGGAAAAUGUGCCUUAGGUGAACAAUGUCCUACCGGACUUUGCCGAUCCGGAAGUACCCAAAAACGUACUAGAAGAAGAAGUAGUAGAUCGCAAUCCGAAAUGCGAAGAAGUCCGAGUUCCACGAGUACGAGUAGUAGUUGCAGUACGAGUAGUAGUAGACCAAGGUCCAGUCCGUCGGGUCUAAGAAGUUAUACCGGAUCUGCUCCACCUUCUCGAUCCGGAUCAAAAGUUGAUCUAAGUACAAUGGGAUCAUCUGGAACUUUAACCGCCCCAUCUACGCCCUUAGGAAGUCCACCAAUAUCGCCGAAACGUCGGGGCUUGGGCCCAGAAAAAAUUGCAGUACCUCUUGCUUUAAGAGAAGAUGAUUGUGACUUAUAACCUUCAGGGGAUGUUUUAAAACGUGACGAUUUUGGAAAAUUUUAUUUAAAAUUAUGCAUUUUGGCGUAUUCCUUAUAGCUAUAUAUUGUAAAAAUAGUAAAAGUUGUCUUUUCGUUGAGUUUGUUUUAAAAAUUAUUGCGAAAACAUUUGAGAAGUAAUUAUCAGCUCACAUAUUUAGAAAGUACUAGGGGAACUCACUAUUUUUAAUUGAAAAUUUCAAUCAUAAGUUUAUCCUAACAUUGAGGUUAAGACUUUGAAACUAAUGGAGCGGUCAGUAACCAAUCCGACGUACCAGACCUGAUCGAAAGAUUUCUGGAUAUUCAUGAAGAUGGCGAAGGUACACUGUUGAUUGCUUGAUAGUUUGAAAAUUAGUAAUGGCGUUGAAAAGAACGUUAGAUACACCAUAGAAUGUAAGAGUGUCAAACUAAACAUUGGUGCAUGUUCGGAAUACAUUCUGAACGAAGCAAAUGGAUCUAAGACGAUCAAAAGAUAUUCAGAAUUAUUAAAGUAGAGCUAAACGUAAAUUUUUUUAUUUUGGAAUUUAAGUAAAAAGUCAUAUAUUUGGAUGAACAAAUCUAGAUAUUUCAUAUAGAUCCCUAGUGUAUAUUAAAUAAACAUCAAUUUUUAAACGUACAAAUAAUUUUUUUUAAUAUGUAAGUCGUUACUUAUCUUUAUUUAUUUAUUUUUUCUAUCUUAUUCUACAAUAUGUUCAGCCCACCUUUUUAAAUAUCUAGCACCGUCCAUGUCUCCGUAAGACCCACCAAACCAAAUAGUUCUUCAUGCUCAAUAUUUAUAUGUAAUAAUAUGUUAUUAUCAUUCAGUUUUAUUUUCUUUCUUGCUCAUUGCCUUUUACAUAGGUGAUUAUAUCAAGAAAAAUCAAAAACAUAGUUCGAGAGAGAUUAUAGGUUAUGAUAACUUUCAUAAGGGACAAGAAUACGUAAGGGAAAGUAGAGUAGCAUCAAACACAAUAGCAAUAAUAAUUUUACAACAAAAAUCUUUUAAUACGUUAAAACAAUAUACAAAUUCUAUGAAGAAAAAGAUUUUAAAUUUCUUAAAAAGUGGCGAAAGAAUGGAAAUAAGUACUCUUUUCCAUGCGGUUUUUUCUUGAACCUAUUUUACUUUUAGCAGCACUGGGGACUGGGAAAAUUCCUUUUUAAACAUUAUUAAUACACUUUCCAAAAGUUACAAUCGAAAAAAAAAUGUUUUUCUUACCAUUUUCUUCUUUUUAAAUACAGAGAUCUGAAUUUGGUUACCUAUGUGCGAAAUUAUGAAUUCUAAUUUGUACAAGAAAAGUAUUGACGUAAAUUCUAUUGAAAAGCAUCCUUCGUUAUAUUGCAUUAACAAUUAAUUUAGUACGUUAGGUUCCUUAGAUGCUGGUCUAGUUCUUCUAAUGCGACCCUAGGUGCCGUAGCCAGGAGAUUUGAAUUUCCUUCAAAACUGUUGUUCUUUGUAGGAUUUUUCGGAAAUUAUAAUUUGGUUAAUCGUAUCAUGAUCUAAAUAUUCGGAAACCAACGAAAUUAAGAAGUAUUAUAUACUUUUGAAUAUGUCGUUAUACUUAAUAAUAUUAUAGUCCAACUGGCAAAAUGAUACUCGAAACAUUAACGUGACAAAGAAGCAGGCGAGGCAAUUUUUCGCGAACACACAUUUUUUUAUGUCAACUACAUAUCUUUUUAAAGCUUACUUUUGAUUAUUUUCUUUCAUUUCUGUAUAUAACAAAAAACGAAGUAAUUGAGAAAUUAUUUAUCCGAGAUAUUUUUGGAAAAUAUACUAAAACCAACCAGGUUGAAAGUAAAAUAAGUUACAGAUUUUGACCCUAAUUUUUCUGGUGGGUACCAGCGAAAUUUAGAAAGUGAUUGGUCGAAAUUUCUAAAAACGUACAUUAUCAAAGUCGUUUUCGUUGAUAUAUUGUUUAUAAUAUAAUGUUAAGUCAAUUUUACUCAGCACACUGUAAAUUUUAAAUCUUUUUCAAAUACCGUUAUUCAAAAUGUUAUAGUCUAACUGGCAAAUUGAUACUCGAAGAUUUACCGUAACAAUGAAGCAGGCGAGGCAAUUUUUUGCGAACACACAUUUUUUCAUGUCAACUACAUAUCCUUCUAAAGCUUAAUUUUCAUUAUUUUCGUUCCCUCCUAUAUAUAAAACAAAACGAAGUAAUUGAGAGAUGUUUAAUCAACGAAAUUUUUGGCAAAAUGACUAUAAUUAGCCAGGUUGAAAGAAAUUGUGCGUUACCCUAAUUUUCCUGAUGAAAUUUCAAAAACGUUCAUUAUGAAAGUCGUUUUCGUUGAUAUAUCGUUUAUAAUAUCAUUCUAAGUCAAUUUUAUUUAACACGCUGUGAAUUUUAAAAAGUUUUUAAUCAUUUUUAAAUACAGUUAUUCAAAAUAAUAUUAUAGUCCAGCUGGCAAAUUGAAACUCGAAGGGUUAUCGUGACAAAGAAGCAGGCGAGGCAAUUUUUUACAAGAACAAAUUUUUCAUGUCAACAACUGAAAACAAACGAGAUUAUUUCUAAUAUUUCUCUAUGGGAUUUCCCUUUAACUGCAGGUGGUUCAUGUAUACCAACUACAACAAAAUUGUUGAUUAUUUAUAGUUGAAGCCUGGGGAAGCUUUCUCCUGUAAUUGAUUUUACUUAAAAGUGCGAUUUUUUUCCUAUUGAAUUACAACGUUUGUUACAAAAAUAUGAAAACUCCAUCGUUUUUUCUUUGGAAAGAACCCUUGAUUUGUCAAAUCAGCACAUUUUUAGAUAAUAAUUGUUGAAUGGAGAAAAUCCAUGUUAAUAAAAUUUUUUUAUGACGGUAGGCUUAAGUAGAAAUUGCUUGCGAGAUAAAGAUUUAAGUUUUAACGUCCAAUUUUAUAAACAUUUUAAAAUGAUACAUAAAAUAUCUGAAUAAAAGACACUUUUUUGUGUUAAAAUUAGUUGAACUAAUUUUUUUUUAAAUAAAUAAGCAAUAACAUAUCUAGAGGUGAAUUGUUUAAACGAUUCAUUUUUCUAAAAAUCAUCAUCCUAAUUAUCAAAUGUAAUAUGCACUGAAAUAUUUCACGAAUUUGAUCAUUUGUGAGGCUAUUUCGACAGUACAUUUUCGUCAAAGAAGUGGUUCGUUCUUUAAUAGCGGUUUCAAAGAAAGGUGAGACGAGAUCAUCUUUUUCGACACACCCUGUAUGAUCUGCAAUUCCUAGCAUUUACUUACAAGUGCUUAUUCUGUGAUUUAUCCAAUUUGUGUGAUUAAAAAUAUAUAAGACGACCCGAGAAGAGAUACACGAGUCUUAGUGUGUUUAGAAAUGUAUAAGACGAACCGAGAAGAGAUACACGAGUCUUUGUGUGCUUAGAAAUGUAUAAGACGAACUGAAAAGAGAUAGAAAAGUCUGUGUGUAUUUAAAAAUAUAUAAGACGAACCGAAAAGAGGUACAAGAGUCUUUGUGCGUUUAGAAAUGUAUAAAACGAACCGAGAAGAUGUUCACGAGUCUUUGUGUGUUUAAAAAUGUAUAAGACGGACCGAGAAAAUUUCACGAGUUUUAAUGUGUUUGGAAAUAUAUAAGUCGAACAGAAAACAUGUUCACGAAUGUCUGUUUAGAAAUGUAUAAGACGAAAUGAAAAAAAGUAGAAGACUCUUUGUGUGUGUUUAAAAAUGUAUAAGACGAACCGAGAAAAUUUCACGAGUCUUAGUGUGUUUGGAAAUGUAUAAGUCGAACAGAAAAGAUGUUCACGGAUCUUUGUGCGUUUAGAAAUGUAUAAGUCGAACAGAAAAGAUAUUCACGGAUCUUUGUGCGUUUAGAAAUGUAUAAGUCGAAUAGAAAACAUGUUCACGAGUGUUUGUAUGUUUAGAAAUGUAUAAGAUGAACUGAAAAAAGAUAGAAAAGUCUUUGUGUGUAUUAAAAAUGUAUAAGACGAACAGAAAAGAGAUACAAGAGUCUUUGUGUGUGUUUAAAAAUAUAUAAAACGCACCGAGAAGAUGUUCACGAGUCUUAGUGUGUUUAAAAAUGUAUAAGACGGACCGAGAAAAUUUCACGAGUUUUAAUGUGUUUGGAAAUAUAUAAGUCGAACAGAAAACAUGUUCACGAAUGUCUGUUUAGAAAUGUAUAAGACGAAAUGAAAAAAAGUAGAAGAGUCUUUGUGUGUGUUUAAAAAUAUAUAAGACGAACCGAGAAAAUUUCACGAGUCUUAGUGUGUUUGGAAAUGUAUAAGUCGAACAGAAAAGAUGUUCACGGAUCUUUGUGCGUUUAGAAAUGUAUAAGUCAAACAAAAAAGAUGUUCACGGAUCUUUGUGCGUUUAGAAAUGUAUAAGUCGAAUAGAAAACAUCUUCACGAGUGUUUGUAUGUUUAGAAAUGUAUAAGACGAACUGAAAAGAGAUAGAAAAGUCUUUGUGUGUAUUUAAAAAUAUAUAAGACGAACCGAAAAGAGGUACAAGAGUCUUUGUGCGUUUAGAAAUGUAUAAAACGAACCGAGAAGAUGUUCACGAGUCUUUGUGUGUUUAGAAAUGUAUAAGACGAACUGAAAAAAGUACAAGAGUCUUUGUGUGUGUGUUUAAAAAUAUAUAAGACGAACCGAGAAAAUUUCACGAGACUUAGUGUGUUUAGAAAUGUAUAUACCGAACUGAAAAGAGAUAGAAAAGUCUUUGUGUGUAUUAAAAAUGUAUAAGACGAACAGAAAAGAGAUACAAGAGUCUUUGUGUGUGUUUAAAAAUAUAUAAAACGCACCGAGAAGAUGUUCACGAGUCUUAGUGUGUUUAAAAAUGUAUAAGACGGACCGAGAAAAUUUCACGAGUUUUAAUGUGUUUGGAAAUAUAUAAGUCGAACAGAAAACAUGUUCACGAAUGUCUGUUUAUAAAUGUAUAAGACGAAAUGAAAAAAAGUAGAAGAGUCUUUGUGUGUGUUUAAAAAUGUAUAAGACGAACCGAGAAAAUUUCACGAGUCUUAGUGUGUUUAAAAAUGUAUAAGACGAACCGAGAAAAUUUCACGAGUCUUAGUGUGUUUGGAAAUGUAUAAGUCGAACAGAAAAGAUGUUCACGGAUCUUUGUGCGUUUAGAAAUGUAUAAGUCGAACAGAAAAGAUAUUCACGGAUCUUUGUGCGUUUAGAAAUGUAUAAGUCGAAUAGAAAACAUGUUCACGAGUGUUUGUAUGUUUAGAAAUGUAUAAGAUGAACUGAAAAAAGAUAGAAAAGUCUUUGUGUGUAUUAAAAAUGUAUAAGACGAACAGAAAAGAGAUACAAGAGUCUUUGUGUGUGUUUAAAAAUAUAUAAAACGCACCGAGAAGAUGUUCACGAGUCUUAGUGUGUUUAAAAAUGUAUAAGACGGACCGAGAAAAUUUCACGAGUUUUAAUGUGUUUGGAAAUAUAUAAGUCGAACAGAAAACAUGUUCACGAAUGUCUGUUUAUAAAUGUAUAAGACGAAAUGAAAAAAAGUAGAAGAGUCUUUGUGUGUGUUUAAAAAUGUAUAAGACGAACCGAGAAAAUUUCACGAGUCUUAGUGUGUUUAAAAAUGUAUAAGACGAACCGAGAAAAUUUCACGAGUCUUAGUGUGUUUAAAAAUGUAUAAGACGGACCGAGAAAAUUUCACGAGUCUUAGUGUGUUUAAAAAUGUAUAAGACGGACCGAGAAAAUUUCACGAGUCUUAGUGUGUUUAAAAAUGUAUAAGACGAACCGAGAAAAUUUCACGAGUCUUAGUGUGUUUAAAAAUGUAUAAGACGGACCGAGAAAAUUUCACGAGUUUUAAUGUGUUUGGAAAUAUAUAAGUCGAACAGAAAACAUGUUCACGAAUGUCUGUUUAGAAAUGUAUAAGACGAAAUGAAAAAAAGUAGAAGACUCUUUGUGUGUGUUUAAAAAUGUAUAAGACGAACCGAGAAAAUUUCACGAGUCUUAGUGUGUUUGGAAAUGUAUAAGUCGAACAGAAAACAUGUUCACGAGUGUUGAACCGGAAUAUCAGGUACUGAGGUCUUCUCGGCAAUAGCCUUUUGUCAACAAAUCAUCUAGUUAGUGUAUAUAUCCUUUAUUCAUUAUUGUUAAACUCCCAAGUAAAGGAUAUUGAAACGAAGAAUGGUAGUUUUUUGAGGAUUAACGCCUUAAUUCAGCUAUUUAUUUCUUAAACUCAAUAUUUGAUAAUUAUGAUGGUACAUAUUAGCAAUAUUGAAGUAGGUUGUUUAGAAUGCUUUAGAGAUACAAUUAUACAAAGUUAUAGAAAUAGAAGAUUGUUAAUUGUUUAUUGUUGAUACAAUUUUGGAAUAUAAUGCGUCUUUCAUUCAUCAGUUCCAUUUUCUAACCUCAAAUAUUCAAAUAAGAUUUUUGUUAUCCUUGUUGAAUGAAUAAACUUUUGUGGAAACGAUUUGAAUGAAAGAUGUUGAAAUAUUCACGUUCGCUUGUGAGAGAUAUAUAUUAAAUACACGUUUUUCAAAAUGGCGUUACAUCAUUUUUGUGAAAAUCUAUUUGCUACGAAGGAAUUUCCGUGUUUUUAAUGCCUUCCCUUACCAAAAAAAGAAUGAUCAUACAUUGUGCAACAGAGGCCGGCACUUGACGUUCACUCAUGGUCUUAGCACGUGCUACAAUGUUAGUAUGGGAUACAUAAAUAAGACGCCAUCUUCAAAAUAUACAGGUGCACCAUCUACGGCGUUUGUCACGAGCUGAAAAACGAAUUAUUUUGAUAUACAGGGUUGAUUUAUUAAACGUGAGACUAAAAAGUGCUCUUUUCUUCACGUGUGUAAGGUAUAAAAUCAAAGUUUUGCCUAUGUGAGGGUCAUUGAUUGAGUUACGUUAUAAAAAUAGAAAAUGGAUCAAAAUCUAAUAUUUACUAUAUUAUGUGCGUCACUUUGAAAAUCGGUGUUAAGUGAUUUGAAAAAGCAGAAAUUAAUAUUAGAUUAAUAUUAUUUUUACAAGUUGGAAUUAUACGUCUAAAUAAAGAUGUAGGAUUAAAAA